AUGGAUCCAUUCAACGCUCUCUCAAUCGCGGCCGGCGUCGUCGCGUUUGUUGACUUUGGAGCCAAGUUGGUUUCGCGAUAUUUGGAAGUUCGGAAAUCGGAAGAUGGGCGCCCCGCUGCGUUAUCCGCUCUCCAGACCGAAUCGGAGGAGCUGUCCGCCAAUGCGACCCACGCGAGAGAUAAAAUUGCGAGCCUCCGGGCUCGAUAUCCAGGACAAUCCGAGUGUCUCGAUCGCCUAGCUACCGAGUGUACCCAAGCCGAGGAGGAGCUGCGGAGUCUUGUCUCGAGCUUGACUCCUAGGCCUGGCGGAGGCCUGAAGACGGGAGGUGCUCAGGUUUUAGCCUCCAUUCGUGGGCUCUUAAAGCAAGGCGAAAUCGACAGCUUACGAGGCCGCCUAAGGAGCAUUCGUUCCAUAGACCAGGCACUAAGUUUCCCUCCCUUCUGGAGAGGCGAUGUCGCAGAGAGUCGUGCAAUGCUCAAUAAUCUUGACAAUGGUGUUGGAGGGGUCCUAAACAACCUGGAUGUCAUGAAGAAUGCAAUAGACGACCAACAACCGGAUUUGCACAAUGUUUCUAAUCGCCGACCGUUACCGAUCAUGCCUGACAGGGAUGGAAUACCGAGCGGACUGUGGACUUCAAUAACGGCGGCCGACUGGAUCUGCUCCCAUGCCACCUCCGGCAGCCAUACUGAGAGCCAUGAUCCAUCUGACAACAAUGCUGGCAUUUGCAGCAGAAUCUUAGAGGGGCUCAAGUUCGACGACAUGAUGGCCCGGGAGAGACAGAUUGACGAUCCUUUCCCCGACACUUUUCAAUGGCUUCUUGGCGACGGUAGUCCUGACAAUGGCGAACGUUCUUCGGCACUUCAGACGACGGGGUUCAAGGAUUGGCUCGAAUCCGAGGCCAACGAGACUCCCUUCUGGAUCACGGGUAACCCAGCGUCCGGGAAAAGUACCUUGAUGAAAUUCAUCUGCACGAAUCCCCAGGUCGAAGGUCACCUUCGUGUCUGGUCGGGCGGCCGUCGCCCUCUAAUCUGCAGUAUCUACUUCUGGAACCCAGGAUCCUCAGGACAGAAAUCUCAAAGCGGCCUACUCCGCACGAUGUUUCACCAACUUCUCCGCCAGCGACCAGAUCUUUGCCAGAUUGCCGCGCCGACACGUUACAUCUACUUCCAGCUUGCUGGAAUACAUGCUCCUGCCCCUCCAGCCUGGACAGUCGAAGAGCUUCGAGACGGUAUUACCAGGAUCGCCUCCAAAAUCGAGGGCACCGAUUGCGUCGCUGUAUUUGUCGAUGGCUUGGACGAAUACGAAGGCGACCUCGAAAAACUGGUGAUUUUUCUCAAACGACUCCACCGGGAACACAAGAUCAAGCUCUGCGUCUCAAGUCGUCCCUGGAACGUCUUCAAGGAUGAAUUCGACACAUACCCGUCGCUAAGGAUGGAACUUUUCACUAAGCCCGAUAUCGAAAAGUACGUCCGCACACAAAUAGGAAACAGCCGUGCGUUCCAGGAACUCAGAGUCCUCGACUCUAAUAGCGUCGAGGAACUGGAGUCUCAAAUUACCCAAAAGGCAAACGGCGUCUUCCUCUGGGUGGUGCUUGUCGUCAAGAAGCUCGUCAUCACAGCUCAGGACAAUCCUGACCUCCACAAUAUCAGGGAAGUGUUUGAGACGCUACCGCCAGGACUAGAAGAACUCUAUAACUCGAUGCGCAGACGCCUCAGCAAGGAUCUCCUUAACGGGGCAUCUAGAAUGUACCAGUUACUCUUCCAGUGGAAUGAGACCCUCCACUAUUCCAUCAGCACUCUAGACUUCUGGAUGGCCAUCAAUUGCCACGAUCCCACCAAGCCACAGCCCCCGAUCACCAAAGACGAAAUGGUAGGAGUCAUACCUCUGCUGGAAAGGCAGUUGGCUGGACAUACCGGCGGCAUGCUCCAAGUCAGCCGCCCGGAGAGCGAAGACGACGCUAGCCCAUCGGUGGAGUUCCUCCACCGAACAGUUUUUGACUGGUUACAAGGCAUUAAGUCUACAAUUGUGAGCGACGGACCGGUGGAUUACGAUCCAAGCCUCGUCUUCGCUUCUGUCGUCGUUUCUCGUUUGGGCACACCCGCAAUGGCCUUCUCUUUUGGACGGACAUGCAACAACUCUUGCGAAAGCAGAUCCAAACUCCUUCGCGUUAUUGAAAGGCUUCAACAUCACAGCCUUGUAUCCUGCGUUAGAUUCAUGCGCUAUAGCGACGUUAUUGAAGUCCAAUCAGACACGGCCAUUCGUUCGUACUUGGCGAUAAAGUUUGCUUGUGCACCAUACCUUCAAGCAAAACUCGAGGAUAGCUCGCAGACAACCGGCUUGGAGCGCCCCCGAGGCGUACUACGCAUGGCCCCUUCGAUUCUCUUGGUCGUUGUGGAAGGUCCGUACAACACGUACAUGGUUGUGGAGUUGAGCACAAUCUUCACUCCACCGUGCUCUUUCCCCAUCGGCUUCGAAGCUUACGACACUCCUUCGUGCGGACCACCUCAAUACAUCUCCGUUUGGUACGAUGGAGGGUAUUAUUCGCCCGCCAUUUGCCCGAGUGGAUACACAAUAGGAUGUUCUCCUACGAAAACCAUGAAGCCUAGCCAGACUGGCGGCAUCUGCGUUCCAAGUGGGUGGGUAUGCGGGCCUCAACAGAUUCACGCGACGACGGACCUUCCCGGAGGAGGCACCACUUCUGCUCCUGCAUUCCAGAUCCGUUGGGAGGCGGGUGACCUCUCGAUACUAGAAACGAACCCGUUAACCCCCGAAGCACAAGUAACCGGCGGUGGCGCGGACGAAACGAACCGUGGGGGCACGGGAGACUCGCGAUCCUCUGACAAUAACUCUGGCAGCGAUAACGAAGACAAUGGUGGCGGUAGCGGCAGUGGUGGUGGUGGUGGUGGUGGCAUUUCACCUGGUGCGGCUGCUGGAAUUGCCGUUGGUUCUGCGCUCUUAGUUGCCAUCAUACUUCUUGCCGGCUUCUUCUGGUACCGAAAGAAGCACCUGAAAGCGAGGGCGGCUAUCCAAGGUCAAGCUAAUGAUCAGGGAGACGGCGGCGCUGGAGAAAAGCCGACCGACAGGCCGGGGGCUGCGACAGAAACUGCGGGUGUAUCUGGCAUCGGUGCGGCUGGAGUCCUGGGCGGUGCUGUCACCGGUACCGGCGCUCCAAUCAUCCCUAGUGUCCCACAGGAGAUGGAUGGCGUUACGAAGUCGAAAGGGUUCGGUAUCGAGAACAUCUAUGACCCAUCCAAGCUGCCUCCGGAUGCAAGCCACAUUCCACCGCCGGUAUACAAUGGUCCUAUUCAGCAAUUGGACGGCCUUCCCAUCCCAGGUCACCCAUCCGUUGCCGGUCAUCAGAUUCAUUCGCAAAAUAGAAACACUGUCCCAUCUCAAGCCGGGACAGAGCAGGCGUACUCCGGUCUCGUCAACCAUGCCGCUGAACUGAGUGGCGGUCAACAGGCUGUUAGCCAUUACUCUGAUCUUUCUGCUACUGGGACGCCACGGUUUCCCAACGCGCAAUCUCAGAUAAUCUCUUCGGCUUCGGAGCUUCCUAGCCAGUACCAUGGUCCUGCUCAUCUACCACCAGAGCUAGCCAGCCAUCAGCAACCCCCGAUUGCAUAUGCGUCGGAACUACCCAGUCAGUCUCCUGUCUAUGCAACGCAGCAACCCGGCGGAAACCCUCCGUGA